AUGUAUGAAGCUUCAGUAAAUAUUUUGAAAGAAUUUUGUAGUAAUUACAUUAAGUUAAAUGUUCUUGUUAAUAAAUCGUUGGAGGAUGUGAAUGUAGUGGAUCCAAAUAAUUAUUUGGCUGCUAAAGAUAUGGUUUUGGGAACAGAAUGCGGAAACUAUAUCAAGGACUUUUCUGCUGAAGCCACUGAAUUAGUUAAAAAUAAAUGUUUAGAGUUUUACAUAACAGCUGCUCUAGAAAUAAAAAAGAGAUUGCCAAUUAAUAACCAUUUAUUCCAGCAGCUCAAAUUUCUAGAUCCAAAGGUGGCAUUACAUGAAGUAACAGACGAAGUAGAUAUAAAUUUUGAAAUUAUCAUAGGCCAAUUGAAUGAAAAUGUUGAAUUAAACAUAUUACAGAGUGAGUGGAGACGUAUGUAA